CACAGGGCAACAGUGACAGCUACAUACAAAAUAUUUAAUGUUUAUAGUGUCUGCUAUCUGAAAGGAUUCCAGAAAAGGAAAAUAUUGGUUUGUGGACAAGAACAUGUGUGCUUUCAGGAUAUUACUGUUAACAUGCGCUCUGUGUUGUAUUGAAGCGACUUACCGCCCUUCAAGUAACACGUUCCCAGGACUGGGGAACCCUGAAAAUUGCAUACCUGAUGGAAGUAAUGGGCGCAAUUACAGAGGCAAAGUGUCAGUGACAGUCAAUGGAAGAAAAUGUCUCCACUGGUAUUUAGUCCCAGACAAAAUACAACCAGUUCCGUCCCUUAAACACUUCUAUCAUAACAACUGCAGGAAUCCAAAUAACAACAUUAUGCCAUGGUGUGUGGUUAAGAGAAGAAAUCGCUAUGCAUAUGAAAAUUGUUACAUUCCACGCUGUGAAAAGAAGCCAACCAAGAGUCCACCAACUCCUAAUCCAACAAAUCAGGACACAGAGUUAACAUGUGGAGAGCGAUCCUUGGUCCGUAGAUCAAAGAUAAUAGGUGGAUCAAAAUCAACUGUUGAAUCUCAGCCUUGGAUUGCAGCUAUCUUCCAUGGAGAAAUAUUUAUUUGUGGAGGAUCCCUCAUUGCUCCCUGCUGGGUCCUUACUGCAGCCCACUGCUUCAAAUCAGGGAUGAACACAAAAAUAAAUAGAUACUCAGUCUACUUGGGAAGGAAUGCCAUAAAUAAAAGCAACCGUGCCAUAGAACAGCAGUUUGCCGUGAGCAAACUUGUGGUCCACCAUGAAUUUAACUUCACAUUGCAAAACUUUACCCACGACAUUGCUCUGCUUAAGAUAGUCGACCGCAGUGGACAAUGUGCAAGGAAGAUGAACUCUGUGAGAACCGUGUGUCUUCCCCCUUCCCGGGUGAUGAUUCCUCCAGGAAGCUACUGUAAUAUCGCUGGCUAUGGAAUACAUGAAAAGGGUGGCUUUGAGUUCUCACAGUAUCUGAAAGAGACUCAAGUGAAGGUUAUUUCCCAGAAUGAUUGUGAGUACUAUUACAAUGAGGAAGAGAAAAAUGUAAAUAAACACAUGUUCUGCGCAGUUGGGAAGAACUGGAAGGAAGACGCUUGCCAGGGUGACUCAGGAGGUCCACUAGUAUGUGAAGUAAAUAACAUAAUGUUCCUAUUCGGUAUCAUUAGCUGGGGAGAUAAGUGUGCAGAACAGUUUAAACCAGGAGUUUACACAAAGGUCACCGACUACAAUCAGUGGAUCUCGAAGCACACAGAUCUACCCACUUAUACAGCAGGCUUUAGGUAUCCACAAAAGGAUUAAAAAUGUAUAUUUUAUUUUUGGGGGGGCUUUAAGUCAAUAUCUGGCAGCUACAUGCAUUGCAAUUGCAUAGGAAUCAGCUAUGACAUUGUUAAUCCUUACAUGCUACUGUUUUUUUAGGAUAGUAAUUACAGUGUUAAGUUCAAUGGAUACAUUUACUGGAUGAUUUCUUUCUGGUCAGUUUGUGAAAGUAUGCCUUUUUUGUUUCAAACAAGUUAAUUAAUAAGUUGUUAAUAAUAAUAAUAGUAAUAAUAAUAAUAAUCAUAAUAAUGAGCAGUGCUCCAAGAAGUUAGAUUUGAUAUUGGAUUGGGCAUUAUCUGGUUUGUUAAUGUGUUAAAUUUUAUUCUUACUUUUAAUACUGUAUUAUUUAAAUUUGUAUUCAUUGCAAAUAUGUAUUUAUUUUUUAAAGACAUAAAUAUCACUGUAAAACAGACUUUUUCCUAUCAGUUAUUUAAAUGUAAAUCUGUCUUUUUUUCUC